AUGGCAACCAAAGCCAUCCAUUUAGAAGUAGUUUCUAACCUUACUACGGACGCCUUUAUUGCCGCACUAGAUCGUUUCACUUCUCGGCGAGGUCUUUGCGAAGAGAUUUGCUCCGACAAUGGAACAAAUUUUAAGGGCGCCAACAACCAGUUAAGCGAACUUUACGAGUUCCUGAAAAGCCCGGAGAAUAAAUCGGAGCUACGGCGAAAAUUGGCCGAACGAAAAAUUUCCUGGAAUUUCAACCCACCAAGCGCACCCCAUUUCGGAGGAAUCUUCGAAGCUGGCAUAAAAUCCGUCAAAUACCACUUGCGUAGAGCAAUCGGCGAUCAGAGCUUGACAUUCGAGGAAAUGUCAACUCUUCUUUAUAAAAUCGAAGCAAUAUUAAAUUCAAGACCUCUAUGCAGUUUAUCGUCAGACGUCGAAGACAUAGAGGUAAUUACACCUGCUCAUUUUCUCGUCGGUGGACCUCUCCUUAGCCUACCCGAAUACGACUGGAGCAGGGAACCUCGCAAUCACCUGUCCAGAUGGCAGCUACUCCAGGCUAUGUCCCAGGACUACUGGGCAAAAUGGUCCCUAGAAUAUUUACAUGAGCUACAAUUAAGGCAAAAGUGGCAGCAAGGCACAAACCCAAUCGCCGAAAAUGACGUCGUCCUGCUAAAGGAAAAUAAUACGCUGCCUCUCCACUGGCCGCUCGCUAGAGUCACCAAGGUGCACCCAGGCACAGACCAGAUAACUCGCGUGGUGACGGUUCAAAGGGCAGAUGGACACACGUUCCAGCGACCGGUCGUCAAAGUUUGUCGCCUCCCGCUGGACCAGUCGGCAUCGAAUUAG